AACCCUCAGUUGAAUAUAUACAAAUGUGAAAUAACUAAAAAUUUUAACAUUUAUCUAGAUUUUAGUUUACAAUUAAAAACUGUAUUCUGCACUAACUAUUAAAAAGUUUUGUUGGUGACAAUUGCACACACACAACUUGUCUAGCCUAACAAGUUGUUCUCUCUUUUUAUUUUGGCGGUAAGUUUUCUCGUAUACACUUGUGAAAAGAAGUCGAUUUUCAGGAAAAUUGACAGAAUGGUACGUCAAAAUCGACGUAAGGGCAUCGAAGAGGUAUACGGCUCCAAAUUGGAAGCCGUGCAACCAGGCCGACCACAGAACUUGCCCCAACCGGGCAUGACUAAGACGGCAACAAUGCGUGUCGCUUCUUCGCGUCAAGGGGAUUCGCGCACCCAGCGCAGCUACGUCACAGCCAACGAUUAUUACAUUACCACUAAUGUACCGCUGAAUUCCACAAAUAUGCGCACAGCUAACACAAGCAACAUAGUUGUACAACCAUCGAAGACAUCACAUAUGCCCGUCCAGAUGCAGGCGGCAUCCACACAGGCAAUGCCAUAUGGCUCGAUGUCGAAUCGCCGUAACAAAGCGAGUGCUCGUCAGCCCAUUAUACAGAACCAGCCGCAGAAGGUUCACUUUGUGCCAACGGAUGCUAAUAAGGUGCAUGGUCAUAUGCAUUCGCUUGGUCACAAUCAUUCACAUGCCCAAGGUGGGAUGCCUAUGCAAAUCACUCAACGCACUGUCUACGCACAGAAUAUGGAUAUGGAACCGAGUAUUGUCGAGCUCUCCGAUAAGGAUAUCAUUAUGAAUACGAGCAACUUGAAUGUUCGUCGGCAGCAUACGCAUUUACAUCAAAAUCAGCAGCCACAUCCGCAUCCAUUGCAGCAUCAGCUGCAUCAGCAACAGCAGCUAAAUAAUCAAAUCAACCCUAGUAACAACAACAACAAUAUGCAUCACAAGCAUCAACAUCAACAACAACAACAACAGCGUCAGCAACAUCAACAACAUCAUCAUCAACAACCUCAUCAACGACAGGGACAUUCACAGCAACAUCGUGGCUCGCAAUUGCAGGUUGAAGCAGACGUUGAGGAGAAGGAUGAUGAUCCCGAAGAGUUCUUUGAGCUUAUACGUCAGACUGUAAAAACAGCCGUGGGAACAACUAUUUGUGAUGUUGUCAGUCGCAAUUUUCGCGAUUUGUCCAGCAAAAUGGAACGUUUUUCAAAUGAACUAAAGACGACCAACGAUCAUUUGGCUAAACUGCAGACUGAAGUUACAAACAAGGUCAUGCAUUACGGCGAGGAGAACACUCGUCAUUUUCGUUAUUUAUGCAUGAAAUCAGAAUAUGAUAAGAUGUUCUAUCAACAUCAGACGAUGAUAACCGGCAAGCAAUCCUCAAAUAAAGUGGCCGCUGCAUCACAGGCAAAUCUCGCCACUGCUGCAGUGCCCACCGCCAUCACAACCACCAGAGUUGCUAAACAGUCGGCUGUGAUUAAUCAGAAGACUGUUAAGCAACAGCUGGCCGCUGCCAAGUUGGAAACCGGGGGCGGUAAUCUGAAGAGUCUUAAGAUCAGAGACAGUGUGAAAGCGCAGAAUCCUUGUGCCUGCCGCAGUACUUCAAGGCCAACACCAAGCCAACCGCAGAUUGAGGAGCGACCAUCGUCGUCGGAUCAGAGCAUCAGUGUCAAGUCCUCGGCACUGGGCGUGCGUGAAGUGUUGGGGCAAAUACAACGCUUCUGCACCCAAAUGCAGCUCACAGAUCUCAAGGAUGAGCAACCCAAAUACAAUUCAAUGACUGGCAUUUCGGCCAUUGAGUUGAGUGCCAAGCCUGGCUGUGUUCCUGGUAAUUUAUCCGCCACGCCAAUUGGCAACGAUGCAAAGGUGACAAAGUCACCUGAUGGAGGUGAUGCUAUCGAUGUGGAGACUGAGACACCGGUUGAUAGCAUGGAUGAAAUCGAGAUUGACAACUUUCAAUACAGCUCCGAUGAGAUGUCCUCUUACAGUGAUGACAGUGAUGUCAAGUUCAGCGGCAGCACCACAGCUCGAGCUCCACUGCAGUCAGCUAGCCGCAAAAUGACCGCUACUCACAUUAACAAGGGCGCCGGCGAUGGACAGUAGAGCCAUGUAAUUAAACCAAGCUAACCAAUUACAAAUUCUAAACACCCACAAAAACACAUAAAUAUCCAACUGCAUUUUUUCGAAAAUUAGAUUAGAGUUACGAUUUAGUUUCUUUGGAUCAAGCUAAAUUUUGACGUCUUGUGCCGCAUGAGAAGAAUUGGUAUCAAGCAUAGGUAUUACAACCAAGUAUUUGGAUAUUUUUUACCAAAUGAAAUUUGUUUAAAUGCGUGUUCAUUUUAUUGAUUGAAAAUAAAAUUAAAAAUAAUAUUGUUGUAA